GGGGAACAGCUCUCAGAUGUAAACAAAACAUUGGAACAGCUGAGAGGAGUCGCAGCUGCACGAGACGACUUAACAACCUACAUAUUAUCGUUGUUAUAUAGUUAUUGAUAGAGUUUUAUAUAGUUUAAUUUAAUUAUUAGUUACCAAUAAACAAGUGAACAUGAACAACCAAGCCAAACCAUUCAGGGAAAGGCGAAAUUUCGCCCAGCGUCAGCGAGACGUGGAACAAAUCAGGGAACAACAUCCAAAUAAAAUCCCAGUGAUCAUAGAGAGAUAUCCUGGCGAGAGACAUCUCCCUCUGCUUGACAAAACUAAAUUCCUUGUUCCGGACCACGUCACCAUGGGAGAGCUUGUCAAGAUUAUAAGGCGGCGUCUGCAACUACAUCCAACUCAAGCAUUCUUCCUCCUCAUCAACCAACGUGCCCUUGCCAACGUCUCCAACACUCUUGCUCAGGUGUAUGAGCAACAUCGCCACGAAGACGGGUUCCUGUACAUGGUUUACGCCUCACAGGAGGUAUUUGGACAAUGAUCUUCCCAUUCUUCAGUAUUUCACCACUUACCAGCAGACCAUCACAUCACACAUCUCACUUAUUUGUUAUCUGGUACUGUACUGUACAUACAAAUAGCUUGUUGGUGUUCUCAUAGUUAUCAUUCAGAGGUGUGCAAAUGGCUGGCAGAGUUACUCCCACAGGAGAUUAGGCCAUUUCACCAGUAAUUAGAAUUUUAUCCAUUUCAACGAGAAAGAAAAAAAAUUGUCAAGUGGAAGGUUUUUGGUAUUAAAGUUACUUCUUUUUGGCUCAGUAGUGAAGAAAAAAUAAAUUGAAAAGAAUUGGGUAUUGGGAGUACUGUAUUGACAAAACCUGCAGCUAUGAAUUUGAAUAUCCCAGAACGAAUAUGUACUACGUUCGCAGUAUCCUGAUCUUACACAGUAAAUGUGAUGUUACACAGUAAGCGUGAUAGCAGUACUAGAAAUAGUUUUAGUGAUUGGGUGAGGUGUAUAGGUAGUCUAAGUGUCAACAAAGGCAUUAAUUUAAAAUGACUCACAGUGCAACCAAUUAGGGUGUGUAUUGUAUACUCUGGAGGUGACAGUUUACAUGUUGCAACCAGUGUCUUUGUUACAUAACUGUUGCAAGGAGGAUGGUUUCUGAGCAGCACAUCAUAUACAGUAUUGGAGGGAUGGUACUGUACUUCCUUAUGUGUCAUAUGUUGCAUGACUGCUGUAUCCCCUUACUAUAGGUGGGUGAUAAGAUAUUACUACUACUGUAUAUGUAAAUUUAUGUAGAGGAAAGCCACCUUUCAGUUUAUAUUCUAAUGCUUAGAAGUGUUUUGCAAUGUUUCAUUUAUAUUACAGGAUGUAUGUUGCUUUCUUAGAGUGGAUGAUAUGCAGAGUUCAUUUUAAUUUUUAACCAAAUGUUUGGUGUUAUUAGUUGUAGUUGACUUAAUGAAUAUCUCUGUCUCUACUUGGAGCCUAUUAGAUGGAAGAUAAAUUGGUUGGUGUAAAUUUUGUUUUUAUGCCACCAACAUACAAUGUGUGAGAUGUAACCUAUAAGGGGUCGGUAGAUUCAGCACCCCAGUUCAUCUGUAAGAAAUGUUAUGUCUGUUCCCUAACUUAAGAAAGGCUUUACAGGUGAAAAGAAAGUUUGGUCAAGAGCCUCAUAUUAUGAAUAUUUGGCCAGUUUCCAUAAUUAAAGUUUUUCAAUUAUAUCAACCCAUGUUAAAAGUACCAUAGUGCUAUCAUACCUCUUGUAACAGACGAUGAGAUACGUUCUAGAGCUUGUUUGGCAAGUGAAAUAUCCGUUAGAAGAGGCCAUAUUAUAACAUGUUCUUGCUUAUAGUGAAAUUGUUUGAAAUGAUAAAUAAAUCCCUUUAAAUACUUUUUUUUUUAGAGAGAAUUACAAAAUAAUGAUUAAAUGUUCCAAAAUAGGUCAUAAACGUUAGAAAAAAGUUGCAGUUAAUAGAGGGUCCCCGAUUUAUGAACACCCACCGAUAUGAACGACAUCAAACUUUAAAUUUACAUUAUUUUUUUUUAACUUUAUUGUAUUUUGUCAUUCCUAUUUCUUCUUUUGUCUUACAUUAAGUGAUUUUAGAUGUACGGUAUCGAAGGACUUAGGCCAUGAUAUACCGUAGUGGGAUUCUAAACGUUGUUAUGUAAGUACGGUAUGCACGUAGCAUUUGUUCCGACUUACGUACAGGUCUGACUGAAGAACGUCCUCCGGAACCGAACUCAUUCGCAACCUGGGGACCUCCUGUACCUAGAAAUACAAUUGAAUUUCUGCCACCUCCGUAUGAAAAGCAAACAUUAAGUGGGAAGCAAACAACUCCACCACAACAUUAAUAAAACAACCAAAAAUGACUGUCUCAAGGUGACAAUGCUCAACUUACAUAUUCCAUUGAAGACUUUAUCAUCAUAAAUGAACCUAAAUUUAAUAAGUAACACUCAACGGUUAAUUUUUUCAGUGCUUACCGUGUAGUUUACUACCACUGCCUUGCUCCUGUUGCACACCUACUCCUUCCUGGCAACUGUGGGAGAUGAGAAACAGCAGCUACUGAUGGAAAGACGGGCUAGGUUGUGGCCCAUUCUCCUCCUUUACAAAGAAGGAAUUAAGGGUUAACUGUCUCUUGCCAUUCAUUUCUUUUCACGUAGCAGCUCCUCAUAGUGGGCAUAUUCAUUUUAGAUUUAUCUCUUCACACCAUAUUAGAGUCAUUAAAGGGAAUCAUACAACAUCCAGUAGGCAUCAGUUAGUGUUUUUACUCUGGUUCAGUAUCUUUGGUGUCUUCACUAGAAUGGUGUUUGUCCAGCUCCUGCAGUUAAGCUGCUCCCUUGUGAUGUCAGCAACUCCUCCUUCAACAAGUCCAGCUUGAUUGGCUAGUUGGACAAUGUCCCUGGUGAUGUUUUCCUCCACAUCAAAGCUUCUAAAAUCGUGACACAUUUUGCCACACUGCUCAUACAGUUUUUGGUCAUGUCUUCCCAUGCUCUGCUAAUGUUUUCAAUAGCCAUCUAGAUAUUAAUUUUUUUU